CAGUUUCAAAAUGGCGCCACGACUGAAAUUUCUACCCGAUGCGCUUUCAAGAACUUUGCUUGAAUUUCAACAAGAAGGCAUACUUUUUGGAAUAUCUAAGAACGGCAGGUAAUAGAGUAGAUUUUAAUCUUUGUUUCCGUAGCAUUCGAUCGCUGCUAGGCUUUGUAGAUUUUGCAAAAUCGUGCUGUAAAGUUGAGAAAAUUUUGUGGGAAUUUGCGCGUUUGUUUACAUCUUUUACAUUUGUGUUUUUUAAGUGUUUUUUUAGCGAUCGCUUAUUGCCACACAAUGCAUGUCAUUUAACUGCUCCUUAUGUGUGUGAUCACAACGAUUUUAAUAAUCGUUCUUCUAAAUUAGUGUUAUUUUAUACAAUUCUUUUUCAUGUGCUGCUUGUCCCAUUUAAAACCACGUGGCUACAUCCAUGUUUGACAGAUGCUUGAUCGGUGAUGAGGUAAGCGUGGGAACCGUUUGUUUUGAAGUUUGACGACAUAUGCUAGAUAAAUGCUUUGAUUAAAACCAUAUUUCAACCAUGUUGAUAUAUCUGACUAAAUCAAGUUUCACAAUCCAUACAAAUCAGGUUAGGGACCGGUCAUUAUUUAUGGUGGGGGGUGGCACCGAAGAGAAAUGUUUUUCGUGGCAAAAAUUUUGCUGACCCAACCAAUAAAAAGUAAAAUAUUUGGUUACCCAACCUCAAAUAUCAAUUAAAAAAGAAAUACCCACCCCUGGUCAAAAACAUUACAAAAAGAUACCAUUCAGUUGUCUUACCAUGCACUUCUGUGACAUGAGUUUGAUAACGGAUUGUGAAAUUUUCUCCAGUCUAAGGUUCCAUGUUGUCUGCACAUGUACUUUCUUUGGAGACACCAUUUGUCUCCCAACAAAUCGGAAAAUGAUCAAGAUAUAUAUAGUGACUCUGAUUGAUUCACAUAUUGUAUUGACAUAUGACUGUUGACAUUGCUUUUUAGUCUCCAAUAUUUCAGUGAGUCAUGCUUGGAAAUAACAAUAAUUUUUUAUUACCCAACCCUUGAGUUGUUUUGUUUUUCAUUUACCCAACCAUUCACUUACUCAAAAUUUAGUUUACCCAACCAUUUUCUCUUCGGUGCCACCCCCCACCAUAAAUAAUGACUGGUCCCUUAAUUAUCACACUACUUUUAGAUGGGUCUCGGGAAGACAUUGCAGGCUUUAUCCAUUGCAUAUUAUUACAAGAUUGAAUGGCCUCUCCUCAUUGUGUGCCCGUCUUCGAUGCGCUUUCCCUGGAUUGAGGAGAUUGAGAAAUGGCUGCCGGACAUUCAACCUCAUGAACUUAAUCUUGUUCAGUCUGGCAUUGAUGCCAGGUAGCUUGUCUUUGUAAAUGUUAUAUAACUAACUAGCUUUGUUUAGACUAGAUAGUCCUAUCAUUGUUGAAGUGUUCACUAGUACUAGAGCUUCAGUAAGGAUCAUCUUGUAUUGAUCCAGUGUUACUACAGGAGGAAACCUAAACUACACUAACUUUAUUUAUACUGGAUAGCUGUAUCAGUUCUAAACUGUUCUUCCUAGAGAUCCAGUAAGGAUCAUCUCUUAUUGAUCCUGUGUUACUACAGGAGGAAACCUAAACUAAACUAACUUUAUUUAUACUGGAUAGCUCUAUCAGUUCUAUACUGUUCUUCCUAGAGAUCCAGUAAGGAUCAUCUCUUAUUGAUCCCGUGUUACUACAGGAGGAAACAUAAACUAAACUAACUUUACUUAUACUGGGUUGCUCUAUCAGUUCUAAACUGUUCUCCCUAGAGGUCCAGUAAGGAUCAUCUCUUAUUGAUCCAGUGUUACUACAGGAGGAAACAUAAACUAAACUAACUUUAUUUAUACUUGAUAGCUCUAUCAGUUCUAAACUGUUCUUCCUAGAGAUCCAGUAAGGAUCAUCCCUUAUUGAUCCAGUGUUACUACAGGAGGAAACCUAAACUAAACUAACUUUAUUUAUACUUGAUAGCUCUAUCUGUUUUAAACUGUUCUUCCUAGAGAUCCAGUAAGGAUCAUCUCUUAUUGAUCCAGUGUUACUACAGGAGGAAACCUAAACUAAACUAACUUACUGAAUAGCUCUCUUAGUUCUAAACUAAAAUUCAUAAUCAAUUAAUAAUAAUUAAUUACAGCAAUAUAAAGACGAGCAAAAUCUCAAUUGUUGGUUAUGGUUUGCUCAGUCAUUCAGGAUCUCGUUUGCUAAUCAACUGUUUGAAGGAAAUGAGAUUUGGAGUCGUUAUUGUUGAUGAGUCUCAUUACAUGAAGAAUAGGAAGGCUGCACGAACAAAGGCUCUUAUCUCGGUCAUUAAGCAAGCCAAACGAGCUGUUCUCCUGACUGGUACGCCCGCUCUUGCCCGACCAGAAGAGGUACAAAUACAGUCCUUUGAAGGGAAUUAUGAGACUCUGUCAGAAUAUUGACAAAAAAGACACAGCAAUUCUUUAGGUGGACUUAACUGAGCACUGUCAUGCCAUAAAUGAUAGUGAAGUGGCAGUGAUCAAGAUGAGAAAAUAAUAUUCUUCAUUUGCAGCAGGGCUUCAAAUUUGAAUUUUUCAGCAGUAUCCAAUGGGAUAGUAGCAACUUAAGAUCUAGUAUCCACCCAGAAAAUCUAGUAUCCCACAUUUGCAAAAUAUCUUUUCAUUCACAAAACGUCUUUCUUCAACUUGUUCAUCAGUUAGUAUUUGCUGUGUCCCAGUAGAUUUUUUUGUUCGCUCAGUUCGUAUAUUGUAUCUUAACAUUUUGCCAACAUAUUUUGAAUAUGAGUGCGUGAAGACGAGCUAUUUCAAUUGACAGCGUGGCAUGAAACGUUUGCGUUAAUAUGGUAAUUAACUUCUCAGCGAAAUAUCAGUGGACAGAUUUUUUUCAGUAUCCGUCAGGAUACUGAACUUGUGAUUUCCAGUAUUCAAAUUUAAAAUCUGGUAUCGCUGGGAUAUUGGGAUACCGCAAAUUUGAAGCCCUGCAAUUGCAGGGUGCGAUAUUUCAAGAUUUUCAGCCGUACCUUGCUGGUACACGAAUGGUUGUUGCCACUUACUUGCGCUGGUACAAACUCAGUACUCGAUGUGUACUUAGUCAUUAGAAUAAGGUUAUAAAGUACAGGUUUCUGAAACGUAUGUUCAGACUACGAGGUAGAAAAAGAAGCUCAAUUGCAUAUACAAACAAUCGACUCCAACGUUUCUUAGUGCCAUCAGUGCAAUCAUGUUUCAUGCCAAGACAUCUCAGACACAUGAUAUACCACCUAAAUUACGGUACUGAAUACCUUGGACUUGGUAAGGUCAUGUGCUACCAGCAAAAUGCAAGUACGCAGAUAGCCAGAGUUUCGCGUACCUAUGUGGUACGUGGCUGAAAACAAAGAAGUACCAGACCGUAAUAUUGGCACUUAUUAAAACAAACCAAUAGUGCAACAAACUUGGUAAAUGCAUGACUUUUGAAACACAGUUAGAUGCUUUUGUCGUAAUUUCAGGUGCUCAAAAUGUGUGAUAUAACUUCUCAUUUUCAUUUAACCUGUGGCAGCACUCUCCCCUUGACGAGUAAGAUGAAAACGUAAGGUAGAUUAGGGCACAUUGCCAUUUAAAGGGUUAACAGGAUGCAUAGGCAGAAAGUCUGAUCAACCCACUGAGUGCCAGCUCUAUUCCCUUGACGAGUAAAAUCGUCGGGCAUUAGACAGAGUAAACUGAGUAAAGUAAUGUUAAUGAGAAAUUAAACACAGCCAACAAGACAAGGUUCAGAUUUUCGUUUUUUUACUCACAAAGUUAAAUGAUUUGAGAAAUUAUUGUCAUGCCAAUCUCCUCGUAUGCAGUACUAUAUAUGACGUAUUUUCUUUUCAGCUAUAUGUCCAAGUUGAUGUGCUUAAACCCAACUUGCUGGGAUCGUUCAAUAGAUUUGCGAAUCGGUAUUGCGAUGCUCACACCGAGCAUGUUUGUGGCGGGAAAAUACGAAAUUGGAACACUCAGUAAGUUACCUUAGUAGUUUGAGAUAUCAUUGUGGAUCAUUCAAUGUAUGGUAUUCAGGCCCCGAAUUUUCCUGAAAUCAGUCGACGGCAAUGACGUUAAAAAUUGCCGUAGAACGUAACAGCUGUCUACGGCAAUUUUGGCAGUUUCCACGGCAUUUUUCAAAUUACUGUAAUAAAACUUUAAUUUUAUUGUUACUUUGGAUUUUGGACAAGCUAGAAACAUGUCUACGUAUUUCUUUAGUGUUUUUUUUUUCGAAGAAAACUGAGACUAAUAGUGAUUAACGCAUGAUUUGAUCAACAUCUGAAUAGUAUAAAAAUUGCACUAUACGGCAAAAAAUUGCCGUCGUUGCCGCAAUGAUCCACGGCAUUUUGUUCUCUCUGUACGGCAAUUGCUGCGAUAAAAUUCGAGCCCUGAUGGUAUUACACUAGUUUGAGAUAUCAUUGUGGAUCAUUCAAUGUAUGUAUGGUAUUAUAUUUUUUCACCACAGAGGUGCUUCAAAUCUAGAGGAACUCCAUAAUGUUUUGAAAACCAACGUUAUGAUCCGAAGACUAAAACGACAUGUAAGUUGAAAUGUCCAGGGUAUAUCUAUAAACACAUGUACACCAGAUUAAUUUAGAAUCUUGCACGAUUAACCCUUUAAGUAGCAAUGCACCCUACUUCAGUAUUUUACUCUGUCUAAUGCCAGGAGAGUACUGCUACUUAAUGGGUUAAUAUUUCUACCCAUCACUUUACAGGACUCAAAAUAAUGGCCGGUCAACGAGCCUGAGGGGCCGAGACAGGUUGCAUGGGACAAUUUUAGGCAAAAGUUGUGUAGUGUAAAUUGGCGUUAAUGAAGUGCAAACACAAUUUUAGGUACUAACCCAGCUUCCUGCUAAACGUCGCCAGAGGAUAACUUUUGAUUUAGCUGAAUCAGAAGCGAAAAAGGUAGACAAGUAACUACAAAUUUGUUAGUUUUGUCGCUAGUGACACCGUGAUUAGGGCAUGUGUCUUUGAAGUGUUUGACCUCUGUGACAAGAAUUUGAUUCCUGUAAUAUGCAGUUGUGAGAAGAGUGCUUCCAGUUUGACUCUACCAAACACUACAGGUUUUCUUCAGGUACUGCCGUUUCUUCCUGUAGUAACACUGAAUCAAUAAGAGAUAAUCCUUACUGGAACUCUAGGAAGAACAGUUUAGAACUGAUAGAGCUAUCCAGUAUAAAUAAAGUUAGUUUAGUUUAGGUUUCCUCCUGUAGUAACACUGGAUCAAUAAGAGAUGAUCCUUACUGGAACUCUAGGAAGAACAGUUUAGAACUGAUAAAGCUAUCCACUAUAAAUAAAGUUAGUUUAGUUUAGGUUUCCACCUGUAGUAACACUGGAUCAAUAAGAGAUGAUCCUUACUGGACCUCUAGGAAGAACAGUUUAGAACUGAUAGAGCUAUCCAGUAUAAAUAAAGUUAGUUUAGUUUAGGUUUCCUCCUGUAGUAACACUGGACCAUUAAUAAGAGAAUAGAGAUGGCCGUUACUAACCUUUUAGGGAGAAUAGUUUACAGCUGAUUGAGCUAUCCAGUAUAAAUAAAGUUAGUUUAGUUUAGGUUUCCACCUGUAGUAACACUGGAUCAAUAAAAGAUGAUCCUUACUGGACCUCUAGGAAGAACAGUUUAGAACUGAUAUAGAGCUAUCCAGUAUAAAUAAAGUUAGUUUAGUUUAGGUUUCCUCCUGUAGUAACACUGGAUCAAUAAGAGAUGAUCCUUACUGGACCUCUAGGAAGAACAGUUUAGAACUGAUAGAGCUAUCCAGUAUAAAUAAAGUUAGUUUAGUUUAGGUUUCCUCCUGUAGUAACACUGGAUCAAUAAAAGAUGAUCCUUACUGGACCUCUAGGAAGAACAGUUUAGAACUGAUAUAGAGCUAUCCAGUAUAAAUAAAGUUAGUUUAGUUUAGGUUUCCUCCUGUAGUAACACUGGAUCAAUAAAAGAUGCUCCUUACUGGACCUCUAGGAAGAACAGUUUAGAACUGAUAGAGCUAUCCAGUAUAAAUAAAGUUAGUUUAGUUUAGGUUUCCUCCUGUAGUAACACUGGACCAUUAAUAAGAGAAUAGAGAUGGCCGUUACUGACCUUUUAGGGAGAAUAGUUUACAGCUGAUUGAGCUAUCCAGUAUAAAUAAAGUUAGUUUAGUUUAGGUUUCCACCUGUAGUAACACUGGAUCAAUAAAAGAUGAUCCUUACUGGACCUCUAGGAAGAACAGUUUAGAACUGAUAUAGAGCUAUCCAGUAUAAAUAAAGUUAGUUUAGUUUAGGUUUCCUCCUGUAGUAACACUGGAUCAAUAAAAGAUGAUCCUUACUGGACCUCUAGGAAGAACAGUUUAGAACUGAUAUAGAGCUAUCCAGUAUAAAUAAAGUUAGUUUAGUUUAGGUUUCCUCCUGUAGUAACACUGGAUCAAUAAAAGAUGAUCCUUACUGGACCUCUAGGAAGAACAGUUUAGAACUGAUAGAGCUAUCCAGUAUAAAUAAAGUUAGUUUAGUUUAGGUUUCCUCCUGUAGUAACACUGGACCAUUAAUAAGAGAAUAGAGAUGGCCGUUACUGACCUUUUAGGGAGAAUAGUUUACAGCUGAUUGAGCUAUCCAGUAUAAAUUAAAUUUGGUUAAGAUAGUAAACCUACAUACUGUUCUACUUAAAGCAAUUGGGCGAGGUCAUCGAAGAAUUCAGAAGUGCAUGCAAGCAAGUUAAAGGCUCCAGCUCGUCUCAAAGCCAGCCCGCAAUGGACACGAAUCCAUUGUUUGAGAUGAAGCGAUUGGCAACUGUUCUCUACAAACAAACUGGACUGUCCAAGGUAUGGAAACAAUCUUGA